AGGAGGAGGUACUUCCACGAGGAAAUUUGGCGCGGAGGGUACUUGUCAGCUGAAAUCGGCUCCCUUGCUUGCUGCACACAGAUCUGCCCCUCUAUCGCGCUUUCGCAGUCGCACAUUUCUCGACUCAAGAUUGGCACUGCGGAUCCAUCAUCGACAGCGAGAUCCAUCAUCCAGCAGCACCUGUGUGCUUUUCUGCCGUCAUUAUCGCAACCCGGCACCAGCAUCAGCACCAGCACCAGCACCAGCACCUGCGCUGCACCGCACCUGCACUGCAUCUGCACCUCUUGGUCUUCUAUCCACACACGCCUCCCGUCCUCUUCAUCCCCCUCCGCCUCCGCCGUCUCCAAGGAACUCUACGCAGUACAGAUUACAGAUACAGAGUACCUUACCGUCCAUCUGUCCCUGUUCGUGGUGGUUCCCCCCGUUCCCCGGCAGACAGACCAGGGUACGGUGUAUUACCGCGUACCGCCCGUGCUGCUUGCCAGCUACCUUACCAGUGGAGUGGAGUGGAGGCCCCCUAUCGCUCCCUCUUUCUUUCCUCGCCUUCUGUCGCCUUACCUCACCCACCUCGCAUUUCCCACCUACCUUCUUACCACCUUCGUCUACCUAUUCCGCCCAAGCAUUCGCCUGCUUGUCACUCACUCCCAUUACCACCACCCACUGGCGGGAACUGUGACGUUUCUUUCUCUCAUUCUCGCACCUUGCCUCGCCUCCCACACUUUCUUCCCCCCCUCACCUACCUCCCGCACGCCGCUCUCUAUCCCUACGAUUCCCCCUUUCCCGCCCCAAAUCAACCGGCGACCAAUCCUCCAUCACGAAUCGACUACUGCCAGAUGUUUUCCUCAUGUCCAGCCCGCCUCGCAACCCCGAAAAUGCCGCACCCGCGACCCUGAGCCCGACGCCGCCCUCGACGUCCUGAACACCAAGACACCCGCCGCGACUCCCAGUCAACCCCCCAGUCUCAAUCUACCCCAGUCUGGCCCUGUCCCCGAUCCUGCUCAUGCUCCUCCUCUGCCUCCUGCUCCCGCUCCCGCUGCCGCCGCAGAUUCUGAAGCCCAGCUCGUCACCGCCGCUGCUGCUGUUGUUGUAGCAGCCCAACAAGAACCACAACAACAACAUCAAGCCCCGGCUCAAGCCCUUUCUCUUCUUCAAGACACACCCCCAGCCCAUCCUGCAGAUCCACCCCCUGCCACGGCCGCUGUCACCCAGCACUCGCAGGAUGUCUCGAGCCAUGUCGACCCGAAUAUUAAAAAGCCCCGAGGCCCUGCCGCACUCCCGAGGCAGUCCGGUCCGUCCUUGCUAACCCAAGCCCUUGCCUCAGCCCGUGGCAUUCCUUCGAGAACCCAUUCCCAUAACGACCAACCCUCGUCUCAACUCUCGACUCGCUCUCUUCCCUCUCCCACCGCCGACUCUGCUCCUCCCUCCAACUCAGCUUCAUCAUCUGCUGGCCUGGAUCCCCUCGCCCUCGACAACCGCCAUGGCGCUUCUGUAGCUCCGAGAAGUGCUCCCCAGCCCGGCUUCGUCGCCCCUGUCGCCGCCGCCGCCCCUGCUCCCAUCACCACCGACUCUACCGCCGCCGCCGCCGACAUGGAGAUCAUGACAUCCCCGACCUACGACAUGGCCAGCUUCCAGGGCAUCAGGGCUAUGCUCUUGGACCACCGCGACUUUCUGAGGAGCACGCGAUCGCGGGGCCGAGGGACGUCUUUAGAAAGGGUUGACAGGGACUCCAGGGUACACCAAGGACUGCGAAAAAAUCGGGCACACUCGCACUCCACCAGCCCAGAAGGCUCGCUCACAACAUCCGUUGCCCAGCUGGAUCAGAGAUUGCACGAAAACUCCGACGCCGACACCCGACCCAAGAAGCUAGAGCAGCGCUUCUCCAUGGGCCCCGAAAAGAUAUGGUCCAUUGGUUCGAGUGAGGCCAUCGACGGCCAGGAGGAUGGCCAGGUGGAGAAGUCGGUCCACGAGGCCAUGAUUGGCGCCGAACCGAAUGCUCGCAGUCGCAAGGCGAGUUAUAGCUUGCGAUUUUUUAGAGAGGGGCUGCCGAAGGAGGAGAAGACGCGUAGGAAAGACACGCGCCAGGCACCACCGCGAGACAAGAUAUCCCCGAGCCAAGAGGCUCAGCCGCUCUCAGCCGACAUUGCCAUUGAAGACUUUGCUGCCAAGUCGGUCAGCACAAACCCUACACCUUCGCCCAGGAUCCUCGAGAAGAAGGAUUGGCUCCCCAAGCAGUUGGAAAGGGUCAAAACCUUCCCUCUACAGUCGCCUCAAGCGGGCGAAACUCCCAUCCUGACCGACUCUCCCACGCAGGAUUACUUUGGUCUGCGAAAGGUCAAUGGCGACAUCUUCCACAAGGUAGACUCGGACGGUUCUCUACAGGUGACUCUGGAGGAAAGCAACUUGAAUGAAGAAUUGUCCCCCACAGAUGUUCCAGAGCCGCGUCAGACCGAAGAUCGUCGUCCAUCCGAUAGUAGCGAACACGGGGAAAGUCACGAGGAGGGAGAUGAGUCUAGUGAGGAGAAGAUUUCCUCUGCUGUUUUUGUGCCCCAUCCUGGCCUCGAGGAAGCUGCGGAGCGCGAGAGGGACAUCUCCAAGCCCAAGACGCCAGGGAACCGUACCGCCUCCAGGGCCGAGGACUUCCACCCAUGGCUGGUGAAGGCCGACGAGCCUGAACCGGAAGAGGAAUCAUCCCCCGACCAACCUCCCGACACUCCGACCCAUAAGCCCAAGCCCAAGCGCUUGCCCGGAGCGCCAAACGUUGCCCUUCGCGAGGUACAGCCCGGAAACGUCGAAGACAUCGCAGUUGACGACGAGCCGGAGCCUCCCACUCCGAAGCAACUACCGACGAACUUUGAGGACCAUGCCCAUCACCAUCAGGAGGAGGACAAGGAGCCUCUCGAGGCGAUUGAACUUAUUCCCUACAAGCACCAAGUCGGCGGCCACACGACGCUUUGGCGCUUCUCCAAGAGAGCCGUGUGCAAGCAGCUCAACAACAGGGAGAAUGAGUUUUACGAAAAGGUUGAGCAGCACCACCGUGACUUGCUGACCUUCCUGCCUAGAUACAUCGGUGUGUUGAAUGUUACGUUCCACAAGCAGCCCAGGCGCAAAUCCACACAUAAACGUGAGGACAUUGGUUUGCUACAGCGCAAACCUACGGGCCUCAGCGAGAGCAGCGCAGCUGCUACUACCGAGCAGUCCAAGUCCAAUGGCUCCAGCGGUGCCGCCUCUGCUACUGCGAACGGCACUGCACAAAGCAACCCCGAGCACCGCCGUAUCAUCAGCCAAUCACUCGCCUCUGCACCAGUGCCCAUUCCGACAGUCACGUUCGAUGACAAUUGGCACAUCUUACCGCGGAAUCUCUUCCAGCCUACGCCGCCUCCGACGACUAUGCCGGCGCGCGGUCGUAGCACGUCAUCUUCUGGCCUCCCGGACAACUAUGAGCAGGGAACAAUGGCUUCCCCGACGAGACCUAGUUUGGAUGACCGUCACGCCAACAGCUGGGGAGCUACCACUGUCAACAAGCGUCUGCGGAAUGAGGUGUUCAACGACGCAUUUCUGAAACAGCCAAUCCCAAUUCACAAGCACCGCCGUCCACAUCAAAAGUCAAUGGCUUUCCGGAAGCAACCCACGCUGAGACCUACCAACUCUGUUCCUGAUCUGGUUCGUAGACAGGAACCCAUGGCCUCAGAGGGCCACGCGCCUCACAAUUCUAGCCCGCUACGCCCCAGCAGCUCCUCGCCCCCAAGCUCAGGCAUGACGAUCGAGCACCCCGCACAAUUGGAGCCUACGGAGGCCGAGGACAGCGACGUGAAGGACGUGACUGGCACGAGUGCGCCGGAGCCGGAGACGCUGGCGGACAAGGUUAUUGCUCAGAAGAAAAAGCGUCGUUAUUCUGGAACUGGGCUUCGCCGGAAACCACGGACUGUCACGGAAUCUAGAGGAAACCUGAAGUACUGGGAAGAGGCAGAUGACGCUGGCUACAGAGGUGAAGACGAAGGACAAUCUGGAUCCGUCACCAAUUCCCAAGUGAAUUCGCCGAUGAUUGAACCUCCGACACCGAAUGGUGCGAACUUGGCUGAUCCUGCCAAGGAGAUGAGUCUUCCCGCUGCGGCGGAAAGACCCCAGUCCGAGGUUCCGAUCGAGGCGGAGCAUUCGACGUACGCAUCGACCGUCCCGUCAGAAGUGCCGAGUCCGACGCAAGAGUUCCGCAAGAUUCCGCGGCCCGUGAACCCCAAAGAAGCACAGACCCAGCGAAACUCUCGUGUUGAAUACUUUCUCUUAUUGGAGGACCUCACUGCGGGCAUGAAACGGCCCUGCAUCAUGGAUCUCAAGAUGGGCACCCGGCAGUACGGUGUCGAGGCCACGCCCAAGAAGAAGAAAUCGCAGCAGGGCAAGUGUGCCAGGACCACCUCGCGUGAACUUGGAGUGCGUGUGUGUGGUCUCCAGGUCUGGGAUGUCAAGAGCCAGAGCUAUGUCUUCAAAGACAAGUAUUUUGGGCGCGACCUCAAGGCCGGACAGGAGUUCCAAGACGCACUGACGCGGUUCCUGUACGACGGCGUGGAUUACUCUAGCAUUCUCCGGCACAUCCCCACAAUCCUGCACAAGCUCGACAAGCUCGAGUCUAUUGUGCGGAACCUGGACGGCUAUCGUUUCUACGCCGCCAGUCUCCUCAUGUUCUACGACGGGGACACAACAGAAGGAAACGAAUACGAUACGGUGGUUGACGAUUCUACCACCGACUUUGCGACUGAUACGGAGGAGACAUCGGCCAUGCGCGAGAAGCGCAAGCGCAAGAACAAGCGCGAGAUCGACUUCAAGAUUGCCGACUUUGCCAACAGCCUGACCAAGGGCGACCUGGCGGAAGGCAAGCCGUGUCCGCCGCAGCACCCCAACGAGCCCGACCGCGGCUUCCUCCGGGGUUUGCGUACGUUGAGGAAAUACUUCCUCAAAAUCCAGCGAGACAUCCGGGCCGAUAUGGGUCUGGAUCACAUGGGACGAAACAACAGAAUGGAUGUCGACAUGGAUAUCGACAUGGACCUCGACCACAUCUCUGACGACGAGGGGUCCGUCAGCGAGUAA